AUGAUGGUAUUCGAGCUUGUUGGUGUCUAUGGCGAAGGGAACUUAAGUUUCUCCAAUGCUUGGACUUACUUGGUUGUAAUCAAUUAUUUGUCACAAGUGUUCGCCAUGUACUGCCUCCUGCUGUUUUACGAAGUACUAAAGGAAGAGCUCAGCCCUAUACAACCUCUUGGCAAAUUUCUUUGUGUCAAACUCGUAGUCUUUGCCUCAUUCGUGCAAGCAGGCCUUAUAGCACUGUUGGUAAAGGUUGGCGUUAUUUCUGAAAAGCAUACGUGGGAAUGGCAGAGCGCAGAAGCUGUGGCCACAGGCCUGCAAGAUUUCAUGAUGUGCAUUGAAAUGCUCUUUGUGGCCAUUGCCCACCUUUAUUCAUUCUCUGCUAAACCCUAUGCAAAAGAGGCAGAGGAAGGCUCAUGCUUUGACUGUUUCCUGGCUAUGUGGGAUGUGUCAGAUAUCAGAGAUGAUAUUUCUCAACAAGUAAGACGCGUGAGAAGAACAAUACGUGGUUAUCCAAAAAAGAAACUUUUUCCUGAAGACCCGGAGCACACUGAACACACAGGUCUGCUUUCCUCAUCCUCACAACAUGCACUAUCUUCAGGUUCAAAGCCAUCCUCACCUCUAGGCCAAUAUCAGGUCUUUGGACACACAAUUACAUCACAGAAUACAGCUGCUGCAUCCAAGUUAUGUGAAGACAUUGUGAUUCGAAUAUCCCAGAAGAAACACCACACCAGAAGGUACCAUGCAAGCUUCCAAAGUCCUACACAGCUAAGGCAGAACCACGUCAACAACGCGCAUGCCAUGACGACCCUAAGGCGCAACAGCAGCAUGCGCACCUUGGCGGUAACCAACAGCUCUAACGACUGA